AUGCAUACCACAAAAGGGGCAGAGGGCAUCCCAGCUAUCAAAGUGAGUACCCCUGAAUAUCUCUUACAAAACCGCGCAUGGCAUUUGCUCAUCUGCCGAUGUAGCAUUGACACGAAUGCCCUGCUUCGGAGGCUAGCUCUGCUAGAGAAGAGGCUGGACAACCAAGGAGCGGCGAGUGUCGAUACCCUCCAGGAUCACGAAACGCUGCCAGACAUCAAUUUCGAGUCGCCGCAGCUCAGUCCGCAAGAGAGCUCGCCACAUCAAGAGCCGGGUCACAAUACCGAUGAGCAAGUGCAGGUUCCAAAGGCAUCUUCUGCUAGCCCAGCAUCUUUGCGACGCAACGUCUCGCCAAAGCAGCCAUAUGCAUUGAAGACAGCAAGACACAAGAACUCGCAAAUGCAGGCUGCAUCUCAUGUUCUGAGCAAACCUGAAUUGCCAACUUUCGGGGCGUUGGAUUCAUCGCCACGAGAGACGCAGAAUCCAUCUCCGCUGCCACCAACCACUUCUGCACCUUAUCCAAGAAAGUAUCGUGAUUAUCCGAACUUGGUACAGGGCAAUUGCAACCUUGGAACGGACUCUGGGAAAGAAGGGCCGUUCGAUUUGCUCAGUGAGGCCGACGCCCGCUCGCUGUUCGAGACCUAUCUCACAUAUGUCCACCCUCAGUAUCCAUUCCUCUGUAAAACGGAGCUAGACAAGUUCUACAGCGCGUGGAAGGCGGGGCGUUUGGGUACUGAACUCGACGAUUUUCAACAAUGUGUGUUUUGCAUGGUAUUAAGCAUAGGCGCACUAAUCUUUGAUGGUAACACGCGACAGAAUCCCACGCGUACCGAGGUACUUUAUGCCCACGUCGAAAAGUAUUACCUUCCAAAGCUGUUUUCUGGCAAGGACCUGGUGAGAGAAACCGUGUUCCUGCUUCUGCUCACCAUGCAUGCCUUGCACAGCUCAUCUUCAAAUGCUAUCAUACAACACACUUCUGCCGCCACUCGUACUGCCAUCACCGCAGGGCUACAUCGCAAGUCGUCACGCAAGGAUAGGUCUCUGCACGAACAUUCACAGUCAGAGCAGAUGAGGAGACGCAUAUGGUGGUGCUGCUAUGGUCUUGAUCGCGGGGUUGCCAUAGCCUUUGGGCAUCCUGUCUCUAUCCCGGACGAAUUCAUCACUGUGCAGAUGUUUUCCGUCAACCCUAGAUUGACACCAGAGGCCAUCACCCCACCCGAGAGCCAAGACUUCGCCACUCAAUGUGAAAAGAGCGAGGUUUGUGUUGCGCAUCAUUUGACAUAUGGAAGAAAAAUACAGUCGCGGAUCAUCAGCACGUGUUCGAGCCCCUCAUUGGGACCGUCCACGUCACAGUUGGCGUUGGACCGGAUGCGCUCCCAAUUCUGCCAGGAGUUGGAAGAAUGGCAAGCAUCCAUACCCAUGCCUACCGACAAGCCAGGAUAUGGUGGUCGGAACUGGUUCAGAAUGGUGGCUUAUUACAGUAUCGUUGGACUCGCAUCGGGCUCCAACGACGAGGUACGACAUGCAGUGGGCGCCAAAGCAAUUAUCGCUUGUUGCAAUGCCUGCAUCACGUUCCAGCAGAUACAAAGAAGCCGGCAGAUUGCCCACUCCUGGCUUGCAGUGUUGUCACAAUUCCAAGCAGGUAUCACGAUUCUGUAUUGUUUCUGGACUACCCCGCCGCAUAUGAGGUCUGACGAAUUUGAGCCGUCAUAUGCAUCGAGAGGAGUUCGUACGUGCUCAAAUAAUUUAGUUCUCUUGGCCGAAAGGUGGCGAGAGGCAGAACCAUACCGCGAUGCGUUUGAGAUUGUCUCAAAGUUGGUCCCGCUAACCAACGAUCUCUCGGCAUCUAUUUAUAAAUGGCCACUACCCAGAGACUUGGAAGACUUGGGAAAACUUGUGGAACAAGUAAGGUAUCUUGGUGCGCAUUAUCGAACUAUCGACAUGAUUGAAGAAAUUCUCCGCCAAAAGCGGCCGGUAUGGGCCGUUGGCAACCGCCGCACUGCCCAUCAACCACUCAUCAAUUCGACUGUGGCGGGUUCUCAGCCGUCGCCUCCAGCCCACCGACAAGAGGACUUUGGAGGACGAUUCCAUGAAGGACUAGAGCCGGGUACUUGGUACAAUGAGCAAAUGGACUUUGGGCAGGAGUACUUUGGUUUGGGAGAUCCUUGGGUCAAUCCUGAUAAUUGA